AUGGUUGUCUGUACCUUCUUCCAGCAGGGUAGAUGCAAAUUCGGAGAACGAUGUAAAAACGAGCAUCCCGGCCAGUCAACAGUAGGCUCUAGCAACCGGUUUGGGGCUCUUGCUGGAGGAGGAUUUGGAGGUCGACAAACUUCUCAAGCUCAGCAACCAGUCAACUAUGGGAUUACUGUAACCGAUGUCAAGACCGACUUGACGGCCGGUAAGGGUUUACCAGAAUGGAUAUUCUCGUCUUAUGGACCCGGACGAAACGCUCCGAGACAGUUGUUCGGUGGCCCUCAAAGAGAACAGAGCUUUGAAGAGUUACGACUUCGCCAUUACGAAGCUGCAGCAGCAGGAAAGGCUGAAGUGGCUGUCCAAGAAGCGCAGGCUCUGUAUGCGGAAUCGAUGAAGCAGAUGGAGGUCGCUUUGAACGAUCUUGAUGGUGCUAUCAAAUACAUCCUCGACGGAAUCAAUGAGCAUCCGAACCGAAUCGAUAUCACCGAGGGCAAGACAGGUCCUGCUGCAGGUCAAGCACCUUCUGCAUUUGGCCAACCCUCGCCAUUCGGUCAGUCUGCUGCUACUCCUCAAAUAAACGCCCCUCAACCUGCAACACUAGGUGGUGGUGGCAGCCAGUCGGCGUUCGGGCAACCGUCUACCUUCGGACAACCCUCAACAUUUGGCCAGUCUUCAACUCUCGGGCAGACAUCCGGUUUCGGGCAACCCAGUGCUCUCGGCCAGUCAUCCGCAUUUGGGGCACCUUCAGCAUUAGGAGGCCAGUCUGCCUUUGGAAAACCUGCCUUCGGCCAGCCGAGUUUCGGUCAGCCGGCGUUUGGCCAGCCGUCUGCCCCAGGAACGUCGGCAUUUGGCAAACCAACGGCCGCAUCUCCUUUUAGUCAAAUAUCAGGCCAGAACCAGGGCCUCAGUGGCGGGUUCGGGCAGCCUUCUGGGUCGACGACGGCUUCCCCAUUUGCCCAGGCGGCUACUGGCCAACAGCCUGCGGCACCGAGCGGUUUUGGCCAACUUUCGGCAGCACAACCAUCAGCAACACCUUUUGGGCAACCUUCUCAGGCAGCGUCGCCAUUUGGUAAGCCUUCAGCACCAGCAGCACCAUUCGGCCAGCCUGCUGCGGCUGCCAGCCCGUUUGGCACUGUGAGUCAACCGGCAGCUCCGUCCCCUUUUGGUCAGCCAUCUGGUGGUUUUGCGCAGGCGGCCCUAGUUGCUCCGGCCCCGGUGGCGACAGCUCCUACAGUGACUGCAGGCACUGGUCCUCCGCCAGCGAUCAAAGUUGAUGACCCUCAGGACUUGAAGCCCAUUCCGCCUCUAUCUGGACAAACCGUCCAGGACCCUAUGACGAAGAGAAUAUCGAUGUGGAAGGGUCAACCAGUGAAAUACAUCGACAAUCAUCCUUGCUACCUCCAUCCGCAAGACCGCCAAACCUAUGUUCGCAUCUUUUUCCCCAACGGGCCGCCUGAUCAAGCGAGCCUCAAAGAUGCCCAGGGGAAACCAGAAGAAUAUACGCCUGAGGUGACUGAACAAUAUGAAUUCUUCGUGAAGAAUGGCUACUUCAAAGAUGGCGUCAUACCCAGUGUUCCUCCAAAAACCGAGUGGGUGAGCUUCGACUUUUGA